AGUACGUCGCUCACUGAGAACAUUCUCAGCGAGAUAUCUCUUGUAAUCCACCGCCAUUCUGAAAAAAAAAAAAACUAGACUGGCAGUUUUCUCGUGCUGAAUACUAAUAGAAGGGGAUGACUAGCCUCUGAUGUGCGGGCGACGGCCGACGCGUUCUCCAAACCACUUAACGCGUAUCAGUCAGCGGGUCUUGGCAUCUCCGCGAGAUCUUUUGGUUGCGGAUCGAGAAAGACGGCGGCAACUUAAGUCUUACUCUCAUACUAGCAGUCCCGGUUCAGUGCUGGACUGCCAACGGUUUAUCUCUGCUUCUUCCGCCGGGAGGACGGGCUACGCGACCUCUUGUACGGUUCGGUCUCAUCUAUUGCUUAAUGCGCGGUUCCGCCUCAACUUCCCUCCCAGAUGGAUCAGUCCUUCGAUAUACCAGAUUCGACCGAUUGGCUCGACACGCCGCUCACCCUCGUCGCGCCUCUGGAGUCUGCACUGCGUUGCCAGGUGUGCAAGGAUUUCUUUGACAAUCCAGUUAUCACGUCGUGUAGCCACACGUUCUGCUCGUUAUGUAUUCGCCGCUGUCUAAGUACGGAAGGGAAAUGUCCCGCUUGUCGGAGUUCGGAUCAGGAAUUGAAGCUACGUCGUAACUGGGCUGUGCAGGAGCUGGUCGACUCCUUCAAGAACGCCCGUCCUGGGAUAUUGGAACUUGCGAGGAAUGCCGCGCGAACCGCAGAGGAAAAUGAGUCGGAGCAGCCGGUAGCGAAGAAACGGAAACUGGAGCAACCGGGACAGGGCGAAGCCGUGUCGCAGGACGAUGCUCAGUUACAAGGCAGGCAGACUCGUUCUCGGAGUAGGAGAACAGAAAGCCAGGCCGCCACACCGGCUGUGGAGGUUAUAGAGGAUAGCGGAGAUGAGGAAUUUGUGCCAGAUGACGGCAUGGUCGCGUGCCCUAUUUGCAACCGUCGGAUGAAGAAUGAAGCUGUAUUUCCGCACCUAGAUAAGUGCACCGGGCCCCAAGAGGCACAACAGCCCGCACCGUCACUAGGAUCAUUACAACCUCUGAACCAAGUAUUACGGGAUAACAGUUCCUCGACCAAACGACUGGAAAGACUACCCCAUCUGAACUACUCGAUAUUGAAGGAGGGCGUCCUGCGGAAAAAGCUCAGAGAUAUGGGAAUACCGGACUGGGGUCCAAAACCCCUUUUACAAAAGCGCCAUACAGAAUGGAUGAAUCUAUGGAAUUCCAAUUGUGACUCCAAGGUCCCAAAGCCAAAAAGGGAGCUAUUACGCGAACUGGAUAUCUGGGAAAGGACGCAAGGCGGACAAGCAUCAGCAUCUUCCGCUGCUGCAUCUAACCCUAUAAUGCGGAAGGACUUUGAUGCUGCAGCGUGGUCUUCAAGCCACGAUGAUGACUUCAAGCGGCUGAUCGCCAAUGCGCGGAAGAGGAGUGAUGCGAUUGUUCGGACAACGAUCCCUCAGGCGUCUGCCCAACAGCAACAAGAUCAGGGCUCAUCACUUUCUGAGACCGCGGAGGCGUUGCCUCAGAUCAUCGAGGCCAGAAACCCCGUCCGGGACUCGGUGGAAAUCUCUGAUGGGAAAGCGGCUGAGGGGAACGGACAUGCUGAACAAGACAGCGGCCAAAACCCGAUUCUCGGAACCCCGGCUGGGUAAUAAUGAGAACCUGUCAACUUUAAUGUCUUGUUGAUCUA